AUGGCAGGCGACAGCGAGACAAAGCCGGAGGAGCAGGCCGAGAAUGACAGCAGCCACCGGCAGCCUUUCCUCAUCGGUGUGGCCGGAGGGACCGCCAGCGGCAAGUCGUCCGUGUGCAGCAAGAUCAUGGAGCUGCUGGGCCAGAACGAGAUCGACCACCACCAGCGACAAGUGGCCAUCCUCAGCCAGGACAGCUUCUACAGGGUCCUCACCCCGGAGCAGAAGGCCAAAGCACUGAAGGGCCAGUUCAACUUCGACCACCCAGAUGCAUUCGACAACGACCUCAUAAUCGCGACCCUGUGGGACAUCAAGGAGGGGAAAACGGUCCACAUUCCUGUUUACGACUUUGUUUCCCAUUCCAGGAAGGAGGAGACGGUGACGGUGUACCCUGCCGACGUGGUGCUGUUCGAGGGCAUCUUGAUGUUCUAUUCUCAGGAGAUUCGAGACCUUUUCCAAAUGAAGCUGUUCGUGGACACCGACGCAGACACACGCCUGUCACGGAGAGUGCUGCGGGACAUCAGUGAGCGAGGUCGGGAUCUGGAGAGCGUUCUCGCGCAGUACAUCACCUUUGUGAAGCCUGCGUUUGAGGAGUUCUGUCUGCCAACGAAGAAAUAUGCUGAUGUGAUAAUACCGAGAGGAGUCGAUAACAUUGUUGCUAUAAACCUGAUCGUCCAGCACAUCCAGGACAUUCUGAACGGCGGUCUGACCAAACGGCUCAACGGGUGUUUUGGCGGUUUAGCAAAAAAGCAGCCAAACAUGGAGUCGAGCAGUCGGCCGCACUAAAGCACAUCUCCACAGAGAGGAAGGAAGGUUCACCUGAACGUGGUUUUCAUCGCAGCGAGGCAG